GUUCGUCACGCGCCGGCGGCAUAUGACAGAGGCAAAUAAGCAGCGAAUCGGCACCCUCAACGGCCGCCGCCGAUGCACGCACGUCACAGCCGCUACAUGGCUACAUCACGCCGCACCCGGCCCAACGGCACCCGUAGGGCCGGCCGUGGCCCAUAGGCGGCAGCCACGUUCGCGUCCGGGCCGGUCCGCGGCCACAACUAAUUCCCGGAAUCCCGGGUCCCGCGCGCGCUAGCUCUCUCUAUCUCUCCACCACCUCACCUGCCGCCAUGACACCACCCCGCGCGCACGCUGCCGCAGCGACACCGGCGCGCUCACACCGCCACAGCCCACACCCCCUCCGUCUAUAUAUUCCGCUCCCCGCCCGCCUCUAGCCAUAGCCUUAUAGCCACAUACCGGCCAGCCGCAGCAAGUGCCCAGAAGGCCAGAACCAGAACCAAGCAGCUCGUUGCAACCUCAUAUCAUCCCCUGCCACGCACCUCCGUCCGCCGCGCCAUGGAAUCGAGGAGGAGGGCCGUGCCCACCGUGACGGCGGUUGCGGUGGCGACGCUGCUGCUGACGAUGAUGACGUCGUCGGGCGUGGGCGGCGACUUCGCGGCGGACCGGGCGGAGUGCUCGGAGCAGUUGGCGGGGCUGGCGACGUGCCUGACGUACGUGCAGGAGCAGGCGACGGCGACGGCGCCGACGCCCGACUGCUGCGCGGGCCUCAAGGCGGUGCUGCAGAGCAGCCGCAAGUGCCUGUGCGUGCUGGUCAAGGACCGGGACGACCCCAAUCUAGGCCUCAAGCUCAACGUCGACAAGGCGCUCGGCCUCCCCGCCGUCUGCCACGCGCCCGCCAACAUCUCCGACUGCCCCAGGCUGCUGGACCUGCCGGCCGGCUCCAAGGACGCACAGGUGUUCGAGCAGUACGCGAAGCAGCAGGCUGCGGCGGCGGCGCAGGGCGGCGCACCCACCAGUGGACGCAGCAGCGCGGCGGCGAGCACGACCGCGGGCGCGCAGAAGAGCGGAGCCUCAGCCGCCGGUCGGUGGUUGGGAGUGGGGAGGGUCGGUGGUGCUGGUGGCGGCGCACGCGCGGUGGCGCCGCUCGCCGUGCCUUUCCUGCUCCUGCUCGGGUAGAUAAUAAUCACUUUACGCGCGGCCAACGGCCCGAGUCCCGGCGGUUUGGUUGGCGCCGCGCGUUGCCGACUUGUGGUGUGCUUCGGGUGCGUGCGUGUGUGGUGGGGUACUUUUCACACUAUAUUGGAAAAAGAAGCUAUUAUCUUUGGAUGAAAAAAAGUGUCGUUGUAU